AUGAGUAGUGGUAAUCAUAGAAUUGUAGAUCUUCUACAACUACAGAACUUAACAAAGCGUGAUCCAGCAGCUUAUAAAGAGGAGUUCUUGUUACAACACCAACACUUUUUAACACAACUACAGAUCUUUCAAUUGAAACCAACCAAAGAUUUCAAACCAUUCGCUCAAUUAGUUAGUUAUUUAAGUCAUGUUUGUUCUUUAUAUCCAAAGGAAAUGGUAGAUUUCCCAAAACAAAUUGCAGAUCUCUUGGAGAAUAACUGUAACAAUUUGGAACCAGAUCUCAGACGUAUUCUAGCAAAGUCAUUGAUUCUCAUGAGAAAUCGUAAUAUGAUGCAACAGAUCCCAAUGUUGACUUUGUUCUUCAAGCUCUUCCGUAUCCACGACAAACCACUGAGAAAGUUGCUCUACUCUUACAUCGUCACCGACAUCAAGAACACCAAUCUCAAACACAAGAACGUAAAACUCAACAAAACACUCCAAAACUUUAUGUACACAAUGAUGAACGAUAGCUCUGAGAUGGCAACUCUCAUGUCAUUGAAAGUAAUGGUUGAUCUAUUUAGAAAGAAGAUUUGGCAUGACAUUAAAACAGUUAAUGUAAUUUCAAAUGGUGUUUUCUCAAAGAAUUCAAAGAUUGUUACUACUACUUUGAAUUUCUUUUUGCAUGUUGAUAAUCCCGACAAGGAGGAUGACAGUGACCGUGAGGAUGCCAAGAGACAAGAGGAUGCAAAACAACAGAUGAGAAAGGCAAGUCUUGCCAACAAGGUUGCCAAGAAGACCAAGGCACGUGGUAGACGUCUGGGUAAGGCCAAAGAAGACUACAAAAAGAUCAUGGAGGCCAACGAGAAAAAGACCGAUCCAAACUUCCCUGCUAUCGAGUUGAUUCACGAUCCACAAUCCUACGCCGAACGUAUCUACUCUGUCCUACGUCGUACCACUGAGAAAUUCGAAACACGUCUACUGAUGAUGAACUUUAUCUCUCGUCUCAUUCACGUACACAAACUUUUAGUCUAUAACUUCUAUCCAUUCCUUCAAAAGUAUAUUCAACCACAUCAAAAGAAUAUUACAUAUAUAUUGGCAGUAUUGGCACAAUCUUGUCAUGACUUGGUCGAUCCAGAGAUUAUUAAACCAGUUAUUAGAGCUAUCGCUACCUAUUUUGUUAAUGAUGGAAGCAAUCCAGAGGUGAUUGCAAUCGGUUUGAAUACAAUUAGAAAUAUCUGUCAGCGUUGUCCACUUGCAAUGGAUCCAGUGUUGUUGCAAGACUUGGUGAUGUACAAGGAUAAGAAGGAGAAGGGUGUCAUGAUGGCCGGUAGAAGUCUUUUGCAAUUCUUCAGAGACUACUAUCCAUCGAUGUUGAAGAAGAAGGAUCGUGGAAACAGAACCACCGAUAAGGCACCGUUGUUGUUCGGUCAAACCGUUGUAUCUACAGGUGUCGAAGGUAUCGAGUUGCUCUACGACGAAGAACUCAAAGCUAAAUUCGAAGCCUAUCAAGCCGGUGAUUUCGAUCUAUCCGAUGACGAUGAAGAUCAAGAUGGAAGUGACGACGAUGGUGAAUGGGAAGAUGUUAGUGGUGUCGAUGAAGAAGAAGAAGAAGAUGAAGGUGAAGAGGUUGAAGAGGAUGAAGAUGGUGAUGAAUGGGUUACUGAUGACGAAGAAGAUGGUGAUGAAUGGGUGACUGACGAUGAAGAUGAAGAAGGAGAAGAUGAAGACGGUGAAGGAGAAUGGAAAGAAGUAGACGAAGACGAAGAAGAAGAGAUUCCAACUUUAGUAAAGAAUGGUGAAAAGGCAACUUUAGUACAGAAAUCAAUUCCAAAGAAACCAGAACCAAAGAAAUCAAAGAAAGUUCAGAAAGUAGUAGAGGAAGAAGAGGAAGAGGAAGUUGAAGAUGAUGACAGUGGUGAAUGGUUAGAUGUUGACGAAGAACUUAUUGAUGAACUUAAUAAUGGUGAAUGGGAAGAGGUUGAUGAAGAUGCAGAUUCAGAUGAAGACGAAGAAGAGGAAGAAGAUGAAGAAUCAAUUGAAAAUGAAAAUGAAGCAAUUGAAAACGAAGAAAGAGAGAAUUCUAAAGAAAAGAAAGAGAAACCAAAGAAGGAAGAAGACGAUUUAGGUAUCAAGAUCUUAAGUGAUGAAGAUCUAAUUUUAAUUAAACAACUUAAACAAUUUAAAGAAGCUUUAGAAAACAAAAACAAACGUAAAGAAUUUACACAAGAAGAAGACUCUGAUGAAGAUGAAGAGAAUGAACUUGGUUAUAUCGAUGCUUCGGAUUUGACUGGUGAUCACAAGAGAAAGAGAGCAUCAAAGGCAGAGAGAAUGAAGUCUGUUUUGGAGGGUCGUGAGGGUAGAGAAGACUACAAGAGUAAGAAGGCCAGAAAGGAUACCUACGGUAAAUCAAUUAGAAACGAACUCAAGGCUAAGCUUACCAAACCGUUCCUUUUGACUAAACAAUCUGAAUCGGUCAGAGCCAAACAAUUCAUGUCGAUGCGUGACAAACAGAUGGCAAAACAAAUUCAUGCUGUCGGUCAAAAGAAUUACUCAAGAUAA